AUGCCUAACGUGAAGACUCCUCACCUACCUACGUUCCGUCGCCGUUUCCAUUUGCAGCUCAGAUUUCUCUAUUAUAAUAAUUGCCAUUUCCGUGCUGCACAGCACAUCAAGAAUAGUAGCAUUAUGGAUUCACACUCAUCACCACAUGGUUCUAUUAUCUUCUCUACCGUUGGCAGAACCAACUACGGCUUCGAUAUCUUCUCCAUCAAAUCUCCAUUUUCAUUCCUCACUCCUCCGAUAGAGCACCGCCUCACAGACGGUACCUCCGUUAAUUAUAACGGUCAGUUCGUCGGCGAAGACCAAACACUCGUCUUCGUCUCUGAGAGAUCAGGUGCUCCUCGCAUUUACUUGAAACGUCACUCCUCCUCCCAAGUAAAGAUCGAACAACUUCAUGCUUCCAUUGAUAGCUUAUUUCUCGACCGUCCAUUUAUUCGAAAUAAACGCCUAUACUAUAUUUCUGCUCAUCAACAACCCAAACAUGUUUUCACCAGCUCGUCCUCUAUUUAUUCUACCAAUAUUGACGAUGGUAGUAAGAUCAUCCGAUUGACUCCGUACGGCUGCGUUGAUUACAGUCCAGCUAUUUCACAAUCUGGACACCUGAUUGCGGUUGCAUCCUACCGAGACCGUCGUUGGCCUACUGAUGAAUUCCGUGAUCUGACUACUGAUAUUGUUGUUUUCCCUGAAUUCGACCCCGAUAAGCGGACAGUCGUGUGUCAACACGGUGGCUGGCCAGCUUGGUCUGGUGAUUCAACCAUCUAUUUUCAUCGGCAAGCUGAUGAUGGUUGGUGGAGCAUUUUUAGAGUUGAUUUACCCGAGGAUUCCUUCAAUUUGCGUGCUGAUGCGGUUCGAGUCACUCCUCCUGGUGUGCACUGCUUUACUCCAGCAGCCUCACACAGCUCCAAAUCAAUGAUUGCUAUUGCUACCAGAAGACCGGGGAAGAGCUAUCGCCACAUUGAGAUUUUUGACGUGGAGUCCCACAAGUUCUACUCGGUGACCGAGUUGCUUAACCCUACCACUCACCAUUACAAUCCAUUCUUCUCUCCUAAGUCUACGUUUCUCAGCUAUCACCGAUUCCGAAGCGAAUCAUCAUCAGGAGACGCAACAAUUCCUUCCUUGGACCCGGUAAUUUCUCCGGAAAAAGGACUGAGAAUGCUAAGGCUUAAUGGAUCAUUUCCUUCCUUCUCUCCCUCAGGUGACUUUAUUGCAUUCAAUCAUGAUUUCAAUGCUAAUUCAGGCCUCAAAAUCGUUAAAUCGGAUGGUUCUAAGAAAUGGACAUUGUUCAAAGGCCGUACGGCUUUCUGCAACUCGUGGUCUCCAGCUGAACCCAACGUGAUUUUUACGUCAGUCGGACCUGUAUUCGACUCUGUAAAAGCAACUGUUCAAAUUGCUCGAGUUUCGUUCAAUUCAUUAAAUCUAACUAAAGAUGAUUGCGGGGAAAUUCCAGUAGAAAUAGAAGUUCUCACAAAAGAGGAGACUGGCAAUAAUGCUUUCCCUUCCUGCUCGCCCGAUGGAAAGCACAUUGUAUUUCGUUCAGGCCGUUCAGGGCAUAAAAAUCUGUAUAUUAUAGAUGCUGUUAAGGGAGAGCUGGAGGGUGGAGGAAUUCAUCAGCUAACAGAGGGGCCAUGGAUUGAUACAAUGCCAAGCUGGUCACCUGACGGAAAUCUGAUUGCAUUUUCUUCCAACAGACACAAUCCGGAUAACGUCACUUGCUUCAGCAUUUACAUCAUUCAUCCAAACGGCACAGGUCUUCGGAGGAUCCAUGUGGCAGGGCCGAAGGGAUCUGAUGAAGUGGAUAAGGAGAGAUUAAACCACGUAUGCUUUAGUAAGGACUCUGAGUGGCUUCUGUUCACGGGCAACUUGGGUGGAGUAACAGCAGAACCAGUGUCACUGCCAAACCAAUACCAACCGUACGGUGACUUAUAUUUGGUGAAGUUGGAUGGGAGUGGGUUGAGACGACUGACGUGUAACGCAUAUGAGAAUGGAACUCCAUCGUGGCACCCAUCGGCUAUCCUUUUAACUACUUUGGACAUAGAAGGGGACGUAGUAGUAGGAGAUAAGUUGAGGGGUGAAUUUGAUGAUGUACUGUGGAUGAAUUGUUGAGGUAGAACAAAAGUCCAGUCAAGAAAAGAUCAAUCCGAAACUUCAAACAGGUGCUAUUGAUUUUCUAGGAAGUACUUAUUAGAAAUUGUAAGACCAUAGAUAACAAUUCCAUGAUACUCUGAAAAUGGAAAUGAAUUAUAAAGGGAGAAAGGGUAGCUUAAGCUUUUCCUAUA